CUGGCAGCUAAGCUCAUCUUCAACAGCCUCUGUCGACAGGCAGUAAUUCAUAACACCAUGGAGAGCACGCACGCUCUCCUUCUAACUGCUGCUGUUUGCUUUCUCUGUCAAGGCUGCGGCGGCUCCGAGGCCGAGCACCGGCUCUACGCGGCCCUCUUCGAGAGCUACAACCGGUUCGUCCGUCCCGUCAAGAACGUCUCGGACCCCGUCAUCAUCCAGUUCGAGGUGUCCAUGUCCCAGCUGGUGAAGGUGGAUGAAGUCAACCAGAUAAUGGAAACCAACUUGUGGCUGAAGCACAUCUGGAAUGAUUACAAGCUUCGGUGGAAUCCAGCAGACUAUGGAGGUGCUGAAUUCAUCCGAGUACCAUCUGGCCAGAUCUGGAAGCCAGAUAUUGUUUUAUAUAACAACGCAGUUGGGGAUUUCCAGGUUGAUGACAAGACGAAGGCCCUAUUAAAAUACACAGGUGAUGUGACCUGGAUACCUCCAGCUAUAUUUAAAAGCUCAUGUAAAAUAGAUGUAACCUACUUCCCAUUUGACUAUCAGAACUGCACCAUGAAGUUUGGUUCCUGGUCUUACGAUAAAGCCAAAAUUGACUUAGUUUUAAUUGGCUCUACAAUGAACCUGAAAGAUUACUGGGAGAGCGGAGAAUGGGCUAUUAUUAAAGCUCCUGGGUAUAAACAUGACAUCAAAUACAACUGUUGUGAAGAGAUAUAUCCAGACAUCACAUAUUCUCUUUAUAUUAGGCGUUUACCUUUAUUUUACACUAUCAAUAUGAUUAUUCCCUGUCUGCUGAUUUCUUUUCUGACUGUGUUAGUUUUCUAUUUGCCUUCAGACUGUGGCGAGAAGGUGACACUCUGCAUAUCAGUCCUUCUAUCUUUAACAGUGUUCCUUCUUGUUAUCACAGAAACCAUACCUUCUACUUCCCUGGUAAUUCCACUUAUCGGGGAAUACCUCCUUUUCACCAUGAUAUUUGUAACUCUAUCUAUUGUCAUUACGGUAUUUGUACUUAACGUGCACUACAGAACACCCAAGACACACACCAUGCCUGUGUGGGUGAGAACCAUUUUCUUGAACUUACUUCCCCGGAUCAUGUUUAUGACAAGGCCUGCCAGUGAUGACGAGAAUAAUCAGAAGCCAAAACCAUUUUUCACUUCAGAGUUUUCAAACUUAAAUUGCUUCAACGGUUCUGAAACCAAAUGCUGCAAAGAUGGCUUUGUAUGUCAAGAUACGGCAUGCAGCUGUUGUCAGUAUCAACGAAUGAAGUUCUCGGAUUUCAGCGGCAAUCUCACAAGAAGUUCAAGCUCUGAGUCUGUAGAUCCUCUGUUUUCAUUUUCAGUUCUGUCACCAGAAAUGAGAGAUGCUAUUGAAAGUGUUAAAUACAUUGCAGAAAAUAUGAAAAUGCAGAAUGAAGCAAAAGAGAUUCAGGAUGACUGGAAAUACGUUGCCAUGGUAAUCGAUCGUAUUUUUCUGUGGGUUUUCAUCCUGGUAUGUAUUCUAGGAACAGCAGGAUUGUUUUUGCAACCUUUGAUGGCUGGAGAUGAAAUGUAA